GAGACGGCCCGCGUGACCCCGCCCCCCUGUGCGCGGUGACGUCAGGGACGGGAGCCGCAGCGGAUCAGCUGGCGGCGGGUGCGGACGGCGCGGGGCGGCGGCGGUGACUGCGGCAGAGGCCGCGGCGAGCCCGGCGGAGCCAUGGGGGAGCUGUUCCGCAGCGAGGAGAUGACCCUGGCCCAGCUCUUCCUCCAGUCUGAGGCCGCUUAUUGCUGUGUCAGCGAACUGGGCGAGCUGGGGAAGGUCCAGUUCCGAGACCUGAACCCGGACGUGAACGUGUUCCAGCGUAAAUUCGUCAAUGAAGUCAGGAGGUGUGAAGAGAUGGACAGAAAGCUCCGGUUUGUGGAGAAGGAGAUUAAAAAGGCAAAUAUUCCAAUCAUGGACACUGGGGAAAACCCGGAGGUGCCUUUUCCACGGGACAUGAUUGACUUGGAGGCAAACUUUGAGAAAAUUGAAAACGAGCUUAAGGAAAUCAACACAAACCAGGAGGCUCUGAAGAGAAACUUUUUGGAGCUGACAGAAUUAAAAUUUAUACUGCGUAAAACUCAACAAUUUUUUGAUGAGGCUGAAUUGCAUCAUCAGCAGAUGGCGGAUCCAGACCUGUUGGAGGAAUCGUCUUCGCUGCUGGAGCCGAGUGAGAUGGGAAGAGGGGCCCCACUACGACUCGGGUUUGUGGCUGGUGUGAUCAACCGGGAGCGAAUCCCCAUGUUCGAGCGCAUGCUGUGGCGGGUGUGCCGAGGGAACGUGUUCCUGCGUCAGGCGGAAAUUGAGAACCCCCUGGAGGAUCCUGUAACGGGGGAUUAUGUGCACAAGUCUGUGUUUAUCAUCUUUUUCCAAGGCGACCAGCUGAAGAACAGGGUCAAGAAGAUAUGUGAAGGAUUCCGUGCCUCCCUCUACCCCUGCCCAGAAACACCACAGGAGCGGAAGGAGAUGGCUUCUGGUGUCAAUACCAGAAUUGAUGAUCUUCAGAUGGUGCUGAACCAAACGGAGGACCAUCGCCAGAGGGUUCUGCAGGCGGCUGCCAAAAACAUCCGCGUCUGGUUCAUCAAAGUGCGCAAGAUGAAGGCCAUCUACCAUACCCUCAACCUGUGCAACAUCGACGUGACCCAGAAGUGCUUGAUUGCUGAAGUCUGGUGUCCCGUUGCUGACCUGGAUUCUAUCCAGUUUGCUCUGCGGAGAGGCACGGAGCACAGCGGAUCCACUGUCCCGUCUAUUUUAAACAGGAUGCAAACCAACCAGACCCCACCGACAUACAACAAAACUAACAAGUUUACUUGUGGCUUUCAAAACAUUGUUGAUGCUUAUGGCAUCGGGACAUACCGGGAAAUAAAUCCAGCACCGUACACGAUCAUCACCUUCCCCUUCCUCUUUGCUGUGAUGUUUGGAGACUUUGGCCACGGCAUCCUGAUGUCUCUGAUUGCUGUCUGGAUGGUGAUAAGGGAGAGUCGCAUUCUCUCACAGAAGAGUGACAAUGAGAUGUUCAACAUGGUUUUCAGCGGUCGAUACAUCAUCCUGCUGAUGGGACUGUUCUCCACUUACACGGGCCUCAUCUACAACGACUGUUUCUCCAAGUCCCUGAAUUUGUUCGGUUCCUCCUGGAGCGUGCGGCCGAUGUUCACAAAAGGCAAUUGGUCAGAUGCUUUGCUUGAGACUACGCCCCUGCUCCAGCUGAACCCUGCUAUUCCCGGGGUGUUUGGUGGGCCCUACCCCUUUGGCAUCGACCCGAUUUGGAACAUUGCCAGCAACAAGCUGGCCUUCCUCAAUUCCUUCAAGAUGAAAAUGUCGGUGAUUCUUGGCAUUAUCCACAUGCUCUUUGGUGUCACAUUGAGUCUUCUCAACCACAUCUAUUUUAAGAAGCCACUGAACAUAUACCUUGGAUUUAUUCCAGAAAUGAUUUUCAUGUCUUCACUCUUUGGGUACCUUGUUAUUCUCAUUUUCUACAAAUGGACGGCUUACGAUGCUCACACCUCGAAGGAUGCACCGAGCCUCUUAAUACACUUUAUCAACAUGUUUCUCUUCUCCUAUGGUGAUCCCAGUAAUAAGAUGCUUUAUAAAGGGCAGAAGGGACUCCAGUGUUUCCUCGUGGUGGUGGCGUUACUGUGUGUGCCCUGGAUGCUGGUGGCCAAACCCCUGGUCCUUCGACGUCAGUAUUUAUGGAGAAAGCACUUGGAAGGGCAGCCCGCGGAGGCCCAGGUCAGCCCAGGCCCGACCCAGCAGGCAGUAGAGGCAGCAACGGCUGCAACAGUGAGUGCAUUUAAAAAUCACCUGAUGGACUGAAAGAUGGGAGUUGGCUUUCUGUCUUAAUUCUCCAGAGAGCACGGAAUGUAUCUGCAUUUCAUAAGGGAAUGGCAACUGCACCUUUAGGGUGAAAAAAAAAAAAAACCAAACGCUUUCUCUUGGAAAGAGCAAAGUUCAGCAAAAAGUGAUACAUUCUGGAAGAAGUACCAGGCUGAAGGAUAAUAGUUGGGUGUGCGCAGAGUGCUGCUGAGAUCACAGCCUGCAGAGCGGCACGGCAGGGCCUGGCUGCCACAGCCCCCAGGUUAAGUUCCCCUUUUUUCCUUUUUUUUUGCUUAUCUGUGUCAGAGAGCUCAGGGUUCUUCCCAGCCGAGCAUUUCUGUUUGCAUUGUGUGUUCCCAAACACCACGUUGAUGUGAUGGCCUCCCGAGGACUUCCUAUCAGUAACUGCUGGGGUUUUGACAACCUGUGCCCUUGUAGACACUUUGACUUGAAGCUGUUAUAAAAGGGUUGUGCACAAAGAAGCCUCUCAGUAGCAGCUGUUUCUCCUGAUUUGGGUCUAAACCCACAGCCAGCCCUUGGAUGAUUGCAGCAGCUCCCAAACCUGCUCCCUUCACUUGGGUUCAGUUGUGCUGAAGCGUGAAUCUCGCCCACGGUGACACGAAGAGGCACUUUGGGCCAGGGUUUGUGUUGUGACAUUUGAAGUAGCCCCACAGAAAUGUCAGAAAUGAAAACGGACCUUUUGUGCUUAAUCCAUCCGGCGCUUGAAGUGCAUCUCGGAACAAGAAGCUGUGAGGGAAGGGCUUUGUGUGAGAAGUGUAAAGUAAACGGUUGGGGCUUUGGGAGCUGUGUUUAGGUUGGACAGUUGACAGUUUACAGAGAACAGGUACAAGUCGGGUGUGAGGGAAAAGCUGCACAAGUGUGAAUUCACCCAGGCUGGGAAUGCACAGAUAGAGCUGGUACUGGUCACUAGUGGCUUGUGUUGUCCCAAAGAUGCUGAAAAUCCUAACAAAAGCACUGUCUUAUAUUAUUUUUUUUCUCUUUAUUUCUAUUUUCAGAGCAUAAAUGUCUACAUAGUGUGUUGGUUUUUUUUAAAAGCCUGACAAAAUCUUUAAAUCACAUCUGGCAUUUUGGGCAAAUCUAUAGUUGAGCCUAAAUUAAAAGCGGGUUCCUAAGAGCAAAUGGGUUCAAAGAGCAUCGAGCGGUCAGUGUGAGCGUGUUCCAGCUCACCUCUGCAGCUGGGUCAGGCCCAUGGGUCUCUGUUUAUAAUCUCUAGGAUCAUUUUCUGUCCUUGGAGACCUGGAUGGGGGACAGAGAUGCCACAGUUGAGCUGCAGAGGUGGGGAUGUGCAGGUCACACCUUCGCUCUCCGGUGUGCGCUGAUGAUGUGUGAAGGCUCUGCAAGGGGCAGGGAGAGGACCCGCAGGGCUCUGCAUCCCUGCUUGCUGCCAGGGCAGCACGGGGAGGAAUCCAGCCCAAAAUCCAGCAUUUCCCUGCGGUGGCUGCAGUUGUUGAACAGGAGGAACCUACAGCUCUGGCAGAGUUUCAGCCGAGAUGGUUCUGUUCUGUUCGGAGCACGAUGGAGUUAGGGCUGAGGGUCACACAGUGCCUAUAAAAGGGGCUGUUUGCGUAACGUGGAAUUUCCAAGUAAGGGAAGGUCUGGUUUCCCUCUGUGUCCGUAGGCGCUGCUGCGGGGCCAGUGUGUGUGUGUGUGUGUGUCUGUGUCAGCCCCUUCUGCCCGGCGUGGCCACUGUGUGACUGGUCUCAUUUGCCCAGCGCUGGUGUUUGUGCCUGUCCAGCACCCGCCGGGCAAAACCUUGCUCUUUGUUUGCACGUGGGUGCCAGCAAACAUCCUCUGGAGGGAUGUGCCUUUUGUUUUACUUGGGGGGGGGGCAGUUACUUUGUAGAAAUUUACCGAUUAUUCAUUCAGACAGACUUUUUUUUUCCCCAGCCCGAGCAGGAAUCAGCAUCUUUCCCAUCCACGCGGGGGAAAUAGAGUUGUACACCUGGCUUAACCUGGGCCUUAAUACUUAAUAUUUUAUUCUCUUCCGUGAGCUGCUGCUGCACGUGGAGUCGUGAAAAAAAAAAAA